CCCUGGCCCAAGUAGCUUGGGGACAGGACAGCAGUGGGGACACAGGGACAGGCACCGAGGACAGAGGUGCCCACCUGUCAAAAUGCCCAUCCUGAAGAGUCUAGGGGUGGCAGACUCUAAGGUGCCCCGGGCAGGGACCCUGCCCUUGAGGUCCUCGCGGAACCCCUUUGAGGAAAUUCCAGGGCUGGAAGAAGAAGCUGGGGAGCUGGGGACUCUGCCCAAUGGAACAUCUUGUCACCGCCGUGCCACCCUGGAGAAGCUGGCAGGCCUGUCCCCCUUCCGACUGGGCUGGGCCCCAGGCCGACGGGCAGUCAGUCCCGGCGAUGGGCCGUCCCGCUCUUUCCUGGGCCGUGUGCUGGCCCCUGGGCUACGAAGGAGCUCAGCAGACUUUGGCCUCCUGGCCCGGCUGCAGGGGACACGGGCCCACGGUGAUGAGGAGGCGACCGGGGAGGCCGCGCGGAGACUGGCUUUCCUGCGCCUGGGGCGCGGGCCCAAGCCUCGGCGAGCAUCCCUGGCCGAGAGGGUGGUCCCAGCGGGGGAAGCUGCUCCUGAGCCCCCACCCAAGGCCCCAGAGCCCCCAAAGAUGAAGGAGCCGUUGUCAGUGCUGGAGAUCCUGAGCCUGAUCCAGCAGCGCGAGCUGGCGCGAGCCGACGAGCACAUCUUGGAGCUGGAGGCGGAGGAGCUGGCGUCGUCGGGGGGCGGCGCGCCGGGGCCGCCGGUGGCAGAGGGCGCGAGCGGAGGCCGCCGGGCACGGGACGUGGCCCUGCUGUACGAGGCCCUGCAGCGCGAGCUCUGGGCGCUGGUGCGCGAGACGCUGGCGGGACCCGGGCCGGGCGCCGGCGCGGGCGCGGGCGCAGUGGCGCAGCUGGGCCAGGUGCUGGUGCAGGAGGAGGCGGCCGACGGGCGCCGGGGGCCCGGGGCGGCCCGCAAGCUGCGCGCCCGCUGGGCGGAGGCGGUGGCCCGCGCGGCGCGAGAGCGCCUGGAGGCGGCGGCGCCCGGGGCGCCCGGGGGCCUGGCCGGGCAGCUGGAGGCUCUGCGGGCGCGGCUGCUGGAGGACAUGGCCGUGGUGCGCGGCCGCCUGGCACCCGCCUACCCCGCCGGCUUGGGCGCUUUCGGCGUCUACCUGCGCGGCUACCACGGCGCGCUGGCAGAGUGGCUGGGGACCUCGGCCCGCCGGAGGCUGCCGCUGGCAGACCGCUACGCGCUGCUGCACUGGCACAAUCAGGUGUAUCCCAGGGAGGUCCUAGGGCUGGUGGACAUGGUCGCCCUGGAGAACGGGGAGCUGGGGCCCCUUCUCUCUCCUGGCACCCUUCGGGGUUUGGAGGAUGAAUGUGUCACAGAUGUCAAGGCUCAGACGCGGGCAGCCCUUCUUCGUGUGCUGCAGGAAGAUGAAGAGCACUGGGCAGACGUGGAGGACUGGUCCAGCAGCCUGGCCCAGGAUGUGUGUGAGCUGCUGGAAGAGCACACCGAGCGAGCGCCCCGCAUCAGCCAGGAAUUUGGGGAGCGCAUGGCACACUGCUGCCUUGGGGGGCUAGCAGAGUUCCUGCAGAGUUUCCAACAGCGAGUGGAGAGAUUCCAUGAGAACCCUGGAAUUCGGGAGCUGCCAUCUGACACCUACAUCAGCAGGACUAUCUCCCUGGUCAACUGUGGGCCCCCCCUGAGGGCUCUGGCCGAGCGCCUGGCCAGGGUGGGGCCCCCUGAAAGCGAGCCGGCCCGGGAAGCCUCUGCCAGCUCUCUGGACCGCGUGACCAGGCUCUGCCACCGUGUUCUGGCUGACAUGCUGUUCCAGGAGCUGCAGCCAUACUUCGACAAGCUGAUGCGCCGGAAGUGGCUGAGCAGCCCGGAGGCCCUGGAUGGCAUCGUGGGCACGCUGGGUGCUCAGGCCCUGGCACUGCGCAGGAUGCAGGAUGAGCCCUACCAGGCGCUGGUGGCAGAGCUGCACCGGCGGGCGCUGGUGGAGUACGUGCGGCCGCUGCUCCGCGGGCGCCUGCACUGCCGCUCCGCGCGGACCCGCAGCCGCAUGGCCGGGAGGCUCCGGGAGGACGCGGCGCAGUUACAGCGGCUGUUCAGGCGGCUGGAGUCCCAGGCCUCGUGGCUGGACGCCGUGGUGCCGCAUCUGGCUGAAGUCUUGCAGCUGGAAGACACGCCCAGCAUCCAGGUGGAGGUGGGGGUGCUGGUGCGCGACUAUCCGGACAUCAGGCGGAAGCAUGUGGCGGCCCUCCUCGAUGUCCGCGGACUGCACAACACCGCCACGCGCCAGGAGAUCCUGGCUGUGGCCCGGGACCUGGAACUCUCCGAGGGUGGAGCCCUGUCGCCCCCUCGGGACCGCGCCUUCUUCUCUGACAUCCCUGUGCCCCGCCCUUCUUUCUGCCUCAGCCUCCCCCUCUUUGUGGGGCGCCUCCCCCUGUCCCGGCUGGCCAGGCCCAGCUUGGCCUGUCUGCCCCUGCGGCCUCGGCCUCUGUCUCCAUCCAGGCCCCGGGCCCAGCGCUGAGGCUCUCCCAGCCGAGGUCCUCGGUGCUCCCGACUUUGCUGCUGAGACUCCAUCCUCCUCCCGUGCCACUGCCCAAGACCCCCUGCCUGGGAGCUGGAGCCCUGGGAUGGAAAGAGCCUUUGAGUUCCUCUUGGCCAGCCCCAAACUCUCCCUAGAGAGGGGCAGCAGAGACCAGAGAGAGCAAAGACCUUCCCAAGGCCAAGGAGCCAGUCGGCAGCACGCCCCUCCCCCGCAGCCCAGCGUGGUGGGUGGCGUUCUGGAAGGCUCUACAAAAAUAUCCCAGCCCCCCCUUCCCCUCACCUCAAGGUCUGGCCCAAGUCCAACAUAUUAAGGAAUGUUCGAUACUUAGAAUAAAGAGGUUUCUAUUUAACACUAGGAAGGGCUGAGUCCUGAGUGUGGGGGAGGAAGGACCCGGGGCAGGGCCCAGGGCCAAGGCUGCUCACCCGCCCAAGGCCAGGCUGGGGUCCAACUCUCAAGCAGGGCAGUGGAGGCUGUGGGAGGCUGCCCAGGGUCAGCAGCUACCAGCCACCGGUUUACUGCAAGUCCCUGGGCUGUGUGGCUCUGAGGCAGGCCCUUGGCCACUCUGAGCAGGGACCAUCAUCCCGUCAAUUCAAAAGAACCCGUCCUUCUUUUCUGGUCCUGGUGGUUCCUCCUUGGCAUGGCCUCCCCACCCAUCCAUCCUCAGUCGGGAAACCACGUCAAGAGAGGAAGGAGGUUGGGGGUAGGGCCAGCGGCAUCCAGGGCGCCCUCCUGGGUUGAUGCAGGAAAAUGUCAGGGUGGGAAAAUUUCCAGCCUCUUACCCCCAGCCCCACCGGAUCCUGGUCCCUACAGAGACCUUGAGGUCACCUCCCUGCUGACCCCUGACUCUCCGGCCUAAGAUGGACAGCACAUGAUGGAUGCUUCCUGGCCUGAGUUGUUUUAUUUUUUUCUUCCCUGAGAAGUCAGAAAGAGGAGGCAGCCAGGGGUCAGCGCUGGGGCUGGGGUUGGAACCUCACGCACGUUUGAACUCUGGGAAGUGGAGACUUAGACUCUCGGAGCCUCCUGGCUGUGUAGCUGUGGGCAGGAAGCUGCCCGUCUCUGGCCGCUGGUUCCUGUCUCUCCCUGGGACUCAUUUAAACUGUCUUUGCCCAGGCUGAGGUGAGACAUCCAGAUGAUCUACCCGCCUCACUUCAUCCCUCAAAGUGACACUUUUGUGGGGGUGCAUGGGCUGUUGAACCCAGAGCCUUGUGAAUGCUAGGCAAGGGCUGUGCCACUGAGAGACAUCGCCAGUCCUUUCUAACAUUUUGCUUUGAGACAGAGUCUCACUGAGUUGCCCAGGCCGGCCUUGAACGUGAGAUCCUCCUGCCUCAGCCUCCGGAGGAGCUGAGAUUAGAGGCGCGGGCGCCACUGCCUGGCUUCCAUUCCUCCGUUACUCUGCAUGCGCCUCUGUCAGCAAGUGUUUCUAAGUGUCGUUUCUGCCUCUUUAUUACCCCUUGCUACUGGGGACUGAACUUACCACUGAGCUACAUCCCCCGCCCUCUUUACUUUAAAAUUUUGAGACAGGGUCUGGCUCAGUUGCCCAGGCUGGCCUGGUAUGCGGGGACCUCUGCCUCAGCCUCCUCAGCAGCCGGUGUCAGGUGGACAUCCCUGCGUCUGCUAAUGUUUCGUUUCUUUUUAUUGCUGAAUGUAUUCCACAGUAGGGAUGGUCCCUGUCUAUUUGUGUCGGUGUUUAGACCUUUAGGUUGUCUCUACUUUGGGGCUGUGAUGAACAGAGUCCUCUGUGUUUUCUAGUUUGCAAACAUUUUCUUGCCCUCGCUCCAAGUUCUUCCUUCUGUGAGACGGUGUCAGAGGUCCUAACAGCGGCCUUCAGGGAACACGUGCCAAGUACCGUGCUCACGUGGAUUCCCUCGGGGUCCUCUCAACAAACUUGCAGACUUGGAGGCGGGAAGAAAUGCAGCCAGUCGCCCACCCAAGGAGAGCCAGGACUCCACUUUUAUCCCCCAGGCCCCUAGAGCAGCUACCCUCCAUGCGCAGAGAGGGCUGGAGAGGAGGUCCUGUGUGUAAGGCAUUUAGCGCCGCUCUUGACCCAUGGAAAGCACUAGAAAUCACAAUUAGUCACGUGGACUCGGAGGUGCGUUCGACUCCUGCCUCAGCCCUUCUCUGCUGUGGGGCUGGGUGGUGCUGCUCUGGUUGCCAGCUUCCUGUUGUAUACCAGGCACUCACCGAGUGGGUCCCAAGUGCCACGUGUGUCAUGGCGCUGUCCCCUGGCCUUGGGAGCAGAGGCUUUUCCUGGGAGGAAGCAGGCUCAGAAGGUUAGGGUCUGCUGGGGACUCAGUAUCAGGCAGAGGCUGGGAUUCAAACCUCGGUCCCAACCCUCAGAUGGACUGAGACUGGCUGCCCCUGUCUACUGAGCCUCACCGUGUGCCGGGCCCAGUACAUGCCCAGUGGUGCUCAAAGUGGCAGCAACCUGAAUGGCCAUCAGCUGCCCCCGGGUAAAUAAAAUGCAGUGCAGCCACACAGGACAACGUGGCUUAACAAUAAAAAAGGGUGAACUGCUGAUCCUCCGGGGCCCAGGGCCUUUCUGAUGAGAUGUGGACCCAGGCCCAUCAUUUUCCAUGGGAACACCUGCUUCAGACCACCUGUCAAAGCCUCUGGCUGGUUGGAAGGGCCUGUCCACAUGGUGGGCGAAGGGGCCGGGCAGUGCCCACCUACCAGCCCCUGUAAGACCCUUAACCAGCACCCCAGAGCCAAACAGGGCACCUGCAUCUGCGGAAGGGAGAGGAUGUGGGGGUCCCGCCUGCCAUCACUGAGCCUGAAUCCCUGGGGUCUUCUGCACAUUCCACCCUCCACCCAAGAACCCAAAUGUCUGCUGGGCCCCAAAUCUAACCUGUCUCCCCAGUCUACCCUCGGAGGCCCACGUCCUCCUGAGGUGCCACCCCCAUGAAGUUCAUCUUCUCUCUUGACACCUGAUCCCUUGUUUGGAAACCCUCCUGUCUCUCAGGUCCCCACUCCUCUCUCUGAGCCUCCCUGCCUCCCUCUGUCUUGGAGGUCCUGCUCCCUCUUUGGUCCUCCAAGCUACAUUGCCAGCCCUGUUCAUAUUCUUAAUGUCACUGAACU